CGCCGCCGCACCGGGGUCUGAACUCUCUGCGCUGCUGCCGACCCGCGAAUCCUUUGCCUGAGCCGAGCCGAGCCGAGCCGAGCCGCUUGGCCCCCCGGCCGGACUGGAGUAUCUGCUGCCGGUUGUGCAGCAGCGCGGGCCGCCACGGUCACCGAUUUGACACACUCGACGGCCUCAAGUGUUUUUUGAAUGGAAGCGGACGGUUUCGUGUCCCGGCGAAUGUCCGUGGAAACAACGAGCGUCGACGGCGGGCUUACAGGUGCCGCAGCCGGGACAGACAUCCGCUGGCUGGGCGACAGGUUUCUGGACGCCACCGGGGGGUUUGUCGGGGGCCUGUCGCCGUCGAGGAUGGGAGCGGAGCAGGAUUUUGCCCCGGUCUUACACCGGCCGCCUCCAGAGACUUGUGCCCCGGUGGAGCCAGAAAUAGACUAUGAGGGGCUGCCUCAAGGAGCAGCCACCAGCACACACAUGCUGGCAGGAGCCGUGGCUGGCAUCAUGGAGCACUGCCUCAUGUACCCCAUCGACUGUGUCAAGACGAGGAUGCAGAGCCUGCAGCCUGAACCCGGAGCGCGCUACCGCAACGUGAUGGACGCCCUGCGGCAGAUCGUGCGCACCGAGGGCGUGUGGCGGCCUAUCAGGGGCGUGAACGUGAUGGCGAUGGGGGCGGUGCCUGCACACUCCCUCUACUUCGCCUGCUACGAGAAGAUCAAAUUUUCACUCAGCGAUGCCAUUCACCCCGGAGCCAACAGCCACUUUGCCAACGGAGUGGCAGGCUGCAUGGCCACCUUGCUGCACGACGCCGUCAUGAACCCAGCCGAAGUUGUGAAACAGCGCAUGCAGAUGUACAACUCGCCUUAUCGCGGUGCGCUGGACUGCGUGUGCGCCCUGGUGAGGAGCGAGGGCCCGGCCGCCUUCUACCGCAGCUACACCACCCAGCUGACCAUGAAUGUGCCCUUCCAGGCGCUGCACUUCAUGACCUACGAGUACCUGCAGGAGCUCCUCAACCCCCACAGACACUACAACCCCUCGUCACACGUCGUGGCCGGAGCGCUGGCCGGGGCCCUCGCCGCCUCCGCCACGACGCCCCUUGACGUCUGCAAAACCCUCCUCAACACCCAGGAGGCGCGGGCCAUCCAUGUGGUCCACGCCCAGGCCUCAGGAGCUGGAGGGGUCGGGGCCGCCGCCGCCACCGCCACCGGGAGCCGCCACAUCUCCGGUCUGGGUGCGGCGUUUCGGACAGUGUACAGGAUGGGGGGCAUGCCGGCUUUCUUCAAGGGCGUUCAGGCCCGGGUCAUCUACCAGAUGCCCUCCACGGCCAUCAGCUGGUCCGUCUACGAGUUCUUCAAAUACAUCAUCACUAAGCGCCAGCAUGAGAAACGGCUGCGUGGAGACAGAGACGGAGACAAGUAAACGCCCAGCGCUGGGGUUGUGUAUCAACAACGUACAAAAGAGCCGGCGCCGGACCAGUGUGUGGUCUCGGUUUCAAGAAUUUUAGAUUCUUAAAAUGAAAAUUAUUUACAGGAAUUUGUGCUGAGAAUAUCAGUAGAGCAUGUUCUGAAUUCGAUGGAAGGUGAUGAUGUGUUCAGAUGUUACAAAAUGACGUGCUCUACUGCAUACUUCAAUACUGGAAUGAGGAAAAAAAGAAAAAAAUGCAAACAAAAAAAAAAAAAAAAUAGGAGAAGAUAAGGGCCUCGAAAUGCCCAACAGGAAGUUGUUUUACCCGGAAACCGCUCUCACGAAUGUCCAAUAGAGCUGGAGCGUUACCACCCACUUUUUCUCCAUGGCCAGGUUCCGGAAGUAAAUUUCCAAUUAAUUUCUCCCAUGGACUUUUUGAAAAAUUCAGUAUUUCAAAAAUGUGAAGGCUUGAAUAUCAUACCAAUCCCUUACGAGGAGGAUCGUGACAUAAUAAUAAUUUAAAAAAAAAAAAAAAAAAAAGCAAAAUGUUAAAGGGCAAAGUACAGGACUGUGAACAUAUCGUAUUUUAAGAGAAAAAAAUAGAUUUAUUCCUAACCCUAGCCUCUGCUGAUAAUCCUCCUUCUCUAAAGAAUUCUGGGCUUUUGUGCCUCAGCAUUAAUGUUGGGAAUAAAUUUGAACUCUUAAAAACAAAGUUGAAAUCAACAUAAAUAAUGGCUAUUGUAUAAUAUAAUAUAAAUGGGGAUUUUACUUCCGGAACCCCACAUGCCAGCUCUAUUCUGUACUUAUUCUUCUCGUCAGUGUUACAUUUGCCAAAACCCUUACACUGGCACUGGGUAAAAAAGUAAAUCAUUCACCAGGGUGAACGCAGUGAACGGCUCUUAAAAUCGAUGGGGAGGCGGACAUUGGCGGCGUAAUCGCGCCAAGCCCCUCCCCUCCUCCUUAGAUCCAGGAAAUGUUCACUUCCCUUCGACCUUUCACAUUGGCUAACAGCUUCUCCACUGCUUAAAUUGCACUUGUAAGAAAAUACAAUUUGCUGUGUUACCUGGUGUGACCACAAGAGGUCGCCACACUCAACCUCUAGUCUAAAUUAGCAGGCAGAAUGUUCAACCCAAAGGACAACCAUGAGGAUCGGCAUUAUCAAAAUCGUACACAGUGUGAGAAAGCAUACCGUGACCUGUUGUCAUAAGCGAAAUCAGGAAUUUAAAUACAAUUUUAAAUAUAAAUAUAUAUAUAUUUUGCUUUUUAUGAAGCUACUCAAAGUCCUGACAGCCCAGCAUUAGUGUUAAAUACUUCAGUUUUUUUAAUCAAAAACUGAUCCUGAAGAAAUACCUUACAGGCUUGUGUCAGUGUAGCCCACUGACGCUGCUUGAGCUGGCGUGUGUGUGUGUGUGUGUGUGUGUGUGUGUACGUGCGCGUGUGUGUUGCAGUGAUUGAGUGAGUGGGAAUUCAGUUGCAUUGCACACAACAGUGACCCUGUCCAGGUUUGAUCUCAACAGCUCUACACUGCUGUCAAGUCUCCUGUACUGCCCUACAAAAAAAAAAAAAAAGAAAAAGAAAAAACGCAACAACAUCUGUUUUGGUCAAACAGGAUUUUUUUCUUUUUCUUUUAUAUAUUCAGCAUCAGGCUAGAAGAAAAAGAUUUAAGUUUACAAAAGACUACCACUUACUACAGAUGCGCUUCUGUGUCAGUUAUUUUUUGCCUUUUUUGCUUUUCUAGGGCAGUGUGAAAGGAUUUGAUGUGUGAUAGAUCAUUUCUGCCGGGCCGGACAGUGUUGUCACUUGGUUUUCGUUGCACCGAAAGCUUUCAGAUCCACUCGGUCUCCAGGGUGCCGAGGCUGCUGACGGCCUCGGGACGGAGCCGUGCGAGCGGCUCACACAUCCCGAUAGUCUGGUAGACUGACACUACAUCGUAGGAGGCUGGUUCCAAAAUAAGACGUCCAUCAUUAGGGAAAAGCGGCACAUACCGUUGCAAAGUCAGUGUUUGCGGAAAGAAAAACAAAAAAAGAAAUAACAAAGUAAUGAUGGUACUUUUUGAAAGUCAGUAGGUGACUUGGUUUAAAAAAAAAUAGUAACCAUUUAUGUAGACAGGAGCCUGUUUAUUCUAGAAAAAUUUCUUGCAAAACAUAAGGAAGGUUUUUCCCUCAUGAUGGAUAAAUAACAUUUUGGAACUGGAAUCUUCAUCCUGGAAGGCAAAACAGUUUGCCUUAGACAGACGCGUAUCUGUUAAUUGUCUCUGUUUUUUUGUGUCUUUUUUUAUUUUAUUUAUUUUUCCUUUUUUUCUUCCAAAUCUGCACAGCUUCCUAGCACUUACUGCAACUUCUAAUGGUUUGUACAGCGAAUAAGUAGCUUGUACAAAGAAUUAUUACUACUCCUACAUAUGGCCUUCCAGUUAGCCGCCAUGGAUCAAACGCACAACUACAAAGAGUUUCUCAGAUAGAUAUGAUCUCAUGUUCCGAAGCCAUAAAACAGGAAUACUGUGUACUUACUGUGUACUUUAUAUUUAUAAACACGGUUACAUAAGUAUAGAUAAACCCUAAAGCUCAAAGCCAGCGACGUUUUGAAGCUAACGUGUAUGUUGAAUUCAGCAAAAGCAAAACUCUACUGUCAAGAUCACGCUGUAGAAAUGCAGGAUUUUUGUAGGAGGUACACACAUCCUAGGAAGACAGGUGGCAAAAGGAAAAUGUAUUAUUUUUAACCUCAGAUUAGUGUUAGGGUGGGCGGGGUGGGUUAAAAUGCUGGGUAAGAUUAUUUAAAAAAUAUAUAUAAUGAUUGUAGAAGUGUUCUUCAUGCUAUGCCAAGUUUUCGAGAUUGGGAAACCAAAGACUGAAAGCAAUAGAGAGAGAGAGAGAGAGGGGGGAGAGGGUUUGACGGCGAUAAUGUGAAAUGCUUGAACACUGUUUUGAAAGUGGCACCUGUGUUUUGUGACUUGUAAAUAAACUCGGUAAGGCAGCUCCUCGCAGAAGCAGGGUCUUCUCUUGGUGCUGGCUCUCCCAAGCGCUGAGAGAACUUCA